AAGUGGGAAUCAAGGAGCUCUUGGGAUUCUGAAUAGCAGAAGAAGAACAAGAAGAAUCUGAAGAAAGAAGAAGAAAUCCCCAAAUUGGUUUUGGUUUUGGUUUGCACUCUUUCUCUCUACUUUUCUUUCUCAAUUUCUUCUUAUGAAUUACUUUGGUUUGAUUUUUGUCAUAAUUAGUUACUUACAACAAAACUAAACAAAUCUCUGUAAGGACUAAAGAGAGAGGUUAAUUAAUUCCUUGUUUAUUGAUCCCCAAAUGGAUGCAUUGUUAAACACUACUAGUUUCCCUACUCCUUCUCCUCAUAGAUGCUCACCUUCACCUCCACCAUGGCCCCCCUUGCUUAUUCUUAAUCCAAACACAACCCCAACACUUCAACACCACCACCACCACCACCUUCCACUGAUGAUAAAUACUAGUACAAGAACUGGGUACUCCAUCAGGACAUCCAAGAUGGAUUUUUUCCAUAAAAGUUACUGCAUGGCUCUAGGCAGAGAGAAUAAUUCUAUUUCCCUUAGAAAUUUAGAUAAUGCUGCUGCUACUGCUGAUGAUAGUGAUGAUGGUGAAGAUUCUUCUAGUAUGGAUUGGGAAUCAGAAUUCCUUGGGGAGCUCCACCCCCAUAAUUUCCUACCUCCUAAAAAACGAAAACAACUGCAACAAAAACAAAACUCAAAGAUGCCCCAAAACACUUAUGAUGAUGAUGGCAUGGACUGGUGUGUCAAGGCCAGGAAGAUUGCCCUCAAGUCUAUUGAAUCAAGGGGCUUGAUCCAUUCCAUGGAGGACUUGAUUAAUAAAAAGAAUAGGAAGAAGAAGAAGAAAAACAACACCACCAAGAAUAAACUGCCAAUAAAGAAUAAGAAAAAAAGGCUAGUUGACGAGGAUGAGGAUUUGGAUUUGGAGGAAGAUUUUGACCUAGAAAAUAACAAGAAUCCUCUUUCAAGGAAUUUGAGUAUGGUUGCAGGUGGGAUGUUUGAAGAAAUGAAGGAGAGAAACAUGGAAACCUUUGUUCAAAGGCUUUCACAAUUCUCCGGGCCUUCUGAUCGCCAGAAAGAAGUCAACCUGAACAGAUCAAUUGUCGAAGCACAGACUGCAGAAGAAGUAUUGGAAGUUACUGCCGAGACAAUUUUGGCCGUCGCCAAAGGCUUGAGCCCUUCGCCUCUGUCUCCUUUGAACAUUGCCACUGCACUGCAUCGAAUAGCUAAGAACAUGGAGAAAGUUUCGAUGACAAGGACUCUUAGGUUGGCAUUUGCCCGCCAAAGAGAGAUGUCUAUGCUCGUGGGUAUUGCAAUGACUGCAUUGCCGGAAUGCUCUCCUCAAGGUAUCUCGAAUAUUUCGUGGGCAUUGUCGAAGAUUGGAGGUGAGCUUCUUUACUUGUCGGAAAUGGAUAGAGUAGCAGAGGUGGCCUUGACCAUGGUCAGUGACUUCAACUCACAGAAUGUUGCUAAUGUAGCCGGUGCUUUUGCUUCAAUGCAGCACUCAGCUCCUGAUCUCUUUUCAGAAUUAUCAAAAAGGGCUUCGAAUAUAAUUCACACUUUCCAGGAGCAAGAGUUGGCUCAGGUCCUGUGGGCUUUCGCUUCUUUAUAUAACCCAGCUGACCCUUUACUGGAAUCUCUUGAUGACGCUUUCAAGUAUGCUGACACAUUCAAAUGCUGCUUAGAUGAGGAAAAACUAGAUGCUGACCGGGACAGAGUCUUAGGCUCUCAUGUGCUAAAUUUCAACAGAGAUCAGCUUGGAAAUAUAGCCUGGUCUUAUGCUGUUCUUGGGCAAUUGGAUCGGAUUUUCUUUUUCCAUGUGUGGAGAACUCUAAGCCACUUUGAGGAGCAAAGAAUAUCGCCACAGUAUAGGGAGGAUAUAAUUUUCGCUUCUCAGGUUCAUCUUGUGAACCAGUGCUUAAAGCUUGAAUAUCCACAUCUUCAGUUAUCUCUAAGGAGUGAUCUAGAGGAGAAAAUUGCUUGUGCUGGAAAAACUAAGAGGUUUAAUCAGAAAACGACUUCCUCAUUUCAGAGGGAAGUUGCUCGUCUUCUUGUUUCCACUGGCCUUGAUUGGGUCAAGGAGUAUUGUGUGGAUGGGUACACUUUGGAUGCGGCCUUGGUUGAUCAAAAAGUUGCUCUGGAGAUUGAUGGGCCAACGCAUUUCUCUAGAAAUUCUGGAGUUCCUUUGGGACAUACAAUGCUGAAACGCCGAUAUAUAGCUGCUGCUGGUUGGAAGAUAGUAUAUGUUUCUCACCAAGAGUGGGAGGAAGUUCAAGGUGGGUUUGAGCAGCUAGAGUACCUAAGAAAAAUUCUUAAAGAUCACAUAUAGGAGAAGGCAGGGAGCACCAACACUUCAUAAAAGUGAGAGAGGUGAAGUGGCAAGGGAUAUUGAGUUUGCAAAACCAAGGCAUAGAAGGAUUUGUGAUGCACCUUUUCUUAUGUUUGUUUUUUCCCCCUUCUUAUAAGAUCAAUAUACAACAGGUCUCCAGUUUUACCCACUCUUCAUUCUUAUAAUGAAGUGCAUCUGUAUCUAGCACUUCACCCAUAAGGCUGUGUUUGUGUCUAAUUUGGGCAAAGAUUUAUUGCGACCCAUAAAAAAAAAAAAAAAAAGUAUAUAAAUAUAAGUUAAACCUUUUUUCUUU